AUGAAGCAGCACUGGAUGUCUGUACACCAUAUUCCCGCCUCAGAGAAUGCAGGUUUCUGGGAUCCAGUGCCGCUGCAGACAUUCUUCCGGGGAAAUGCUCUCCGUUACUUUACUAACCCGGCGUUGUUGAUUUCGUCGUCUUCGUCUGACAAUUCCGAUGGGCUGACGAACACAACUGCGACAACCCCUGCUUCAAGCGAACAUCUCGAGUCGAGUCCUUAUCAAACGUUGAUCACCACCGACGCAGGUCUACUGGAUCAUUAUCGGAACUACACCUACAAAACGCUCUCAUGUGGCCCCGAGACCGAUGAUGUGUUUCGAGUCAUUGUCCCACAGUUAGCUACCCAGUUUCCCUUCUUGCUCCAUGGCAUCCUGUCCUGUUCUUCGCUCCACCUUGCUUCUAUCGACCCUGCAAAUCGAGCGUAUUAUACAAUCCAAUCAAUCAAACAUGAAGACCAAGCUGCUCCUGCAUUUCGAUGGGCAACUAUGCAUGUGGAUAGCAAUAACAGUCAAGCGGUGCUAGCCUUCGCAUUUUUCCUCGUGAUCUACGCCCUAGGCUCCGAGUCUAACGACCAACCGUUAUUUCUGAGCAAUGAUAAUAACGAAGAAGACGCGCCAGCCUUGGAGUGGAUCGAGAUCCUCCGUAACGGCUGCUCCAUGCUCUGCCCUGUCUGGACGGAACUCACCAUUAGUCCAUUGGCACCCUUUACGGCACUUUGGCGGGAUGACCUUGGCGUCACUCCCAAUCCUAACGACCCGCUACUAAUUAGACUACUCUCUGUCAUUCCAGACUAUGAAUCCGAAUCCACGGAGUACUAUAUAUACCGCGAUUCAGCGAUAAAAUUGACACAGGCCUUUGCGUUUAUGGAGCGUUCGGGGCCAUCGGCGACUAUCUGGGAUGCUCUUAAUUCAUGGCCAAUGCACGUUUCCCCUGAGUAUUUGGCCUUAUUGAAAAAUAACAAUCCGGGCGCUCUGUUACUGUUGGCCUACUACGCUAUCCUUCUGCAACCACUUGAGGGAGAAUGGUUUUUGAAAGGCCGAGUCAUGAGAUUGAUAGAUGAAAUUUCGCGACGAUUAAAUGGGAAUUGCUCGCCACAGAUUUGGGAGGUGUUUUCUAUGUUGCAGCGAGAAUACUUUGAUUAUAAUUUAAGCGCGUUGAUUUGA